AUGAUCAAGCAGUGGUUGACCACCUGGUUCCAUUUCUUGCGCAGCUAUUCUCAGUUCCACCUCCCCCUCAUCAUUUUCACAGUCUCAGCGUCUGGUACCCUACUUGCCCGGCAAUUACGCAAAGCAUCCUCCACCCCGGGCCGCCAACGUGCCGCCCAAACACCCGCCAAAUCUGUGCGCGGUGUCUUCCUGACUGCCCUCGAAGGUCUGCUCCUGGCAACGGCCUUAUCGCUCAACCGGGAUGGCCUCGCUGCAAGUGCAUCUGCUAGUUCCUGGGUCGGCAUUACUUUCUGGUCAUACCUAAGUGGAUUGUAUGUUCUGGCUUUGCUUCCGCCCUCCGGCCUCGAGCACGCCGGACGGGCUGUUCGCUAUCACUCGGCUGCACUCUACGCCAUUUCCUUGCUCGUGGCCGCCGCAACCUCUGGUGCUAGCUCGACCGCAACCAAAGUAUCAGCUGCUCUGCUCGUCACGGCCUUGAUCUCGCCGCGCGCGGUCCAGGGGGAUGUCCACCUUGAACUGAACGCGACGCGCGAGUCCCAGUCCAGCGUUAUUGGCCUUUGGGCGUUUGCCUGGCUAGACGGCAUGCUCUUGAAGGCCUGGCGCACUGGGAAUCUGCAGCCUCAGGACGUUCCGGAACCGCCGGCUCUGCUUAGCGCUGCCGACGAGCGUGUAGUUCAGACGAAGCCGGGGAGUGCAUCUCUUGUUCAGACCCUUCUACGACAUUUCGGGCCGCAGCUGGCAGUUCAGGGGGUCGUGGCGAUUGCUUGGGCAGUCCUAACAUUCAUGCCAACUUUGCUUUGGAAGUCCAUCCUCCAUUUUAUCGAGGGCUCAACUGAGUCCUCUAUCCAGGAAGCUCAGGGUUACGUGAUGCUCGUAUUUGCCACCAGUGUUUUGGCGUCCGCUGCCGAGGCUCGAACCAUUUGGCUUGGCCAGAAGAUUGGGCUCCGGCUGAAGACAAUCUUAAUUGCCGCCGUCUAUCAGAAAGCACUGAGACGGCCGGCCGCCGUUGGGUCUUCUAACGGCGGGUCCGGAGGGCAAACUGCUGACAUUGGUACCAUCACGAACCUCUUCACCGGCGAUAUCAAUCAGCUUGCUGAUUUGGGGGCCAACAUGCACCAGGUCUGGGCCUCAGUCCCCAUACAAAUUGUCAUGGCCGUCACGUUGCUCUACUGGACUCUGGGGCUGAGCGCAUUUGCAGGAAUUGCGGUGAUGGCGCUGAUGGUGCCUGUGAACUCGCGCAUCGCCCAACGUUUGGGCGCCAUCCAGAUGCAAGCUAUGGCUGCAUCGGACAUCAGAGUCCAGAGCACUACCGAGAUGAUCCGCAGUAUUCGAGUCAUCAAGCUCAUUGCUUGGGACUCUUUUUUCCAGCAGAAGCUUGGAGACCAACGUGCCGCCGAACUCAGGGUGCUUCGUGCCCGCUAUAUGCUCUGGUCGAUCUCUGCAACCAUAUGCAUCAUUGGACGUGUCCAGGGCUCCGUCGUGGCUAUCGGGCGGGUGGAGAGCUUCUUGGGCGAGGAGGAAACAGAGAAAUAUCAAGUCCUUGGUUCACCCACCGGUCGCCAAGUGAAAAUUGGCUUCGAUCACGCGACGUUCUCCUGGCCAGCAAGGAAGAGCGAGGCGACAAAUCUUCCAUCAACGGACGGCAAGAUAACAGAGAGUCCCAAACCAUUCACUCUCAAAGACCUUUCCUUCAAGUUUAAGGUUGGAAAGCUCAAUAUCGUCAUUGGAGCUACCGGUAGCGGCAAGUCUUCGCUGCUCUACGCGCUAUUGGGAGAGAUGCCGCUUCUCUCCGGAAGUGUGAGAAUGCCUGCUGCGGUUUCUCACGAAGCUCUGUCUCAGGAUGAGAAGACAGGCUUGGUUGAGGGUGUAGCCUUCUGUGCUCAAGAGGCUUGGCUAACCAACAACACGGUGCGCAACAACAUCCUCUUCGGCCAACCCCUCGAUGAAGAGCGCUACAAGACUGUCCUACAGGCCUGCGCCCUCGAGGCCGACCUGAAGGUAUUACCUCGCGGCGAUCUCACCUCGGUUGGAGACGGGGGAGUGUCUCUUUCUGGUGGACAGAAGCAACGUGUCUCCCUCGCACGCGCGGUUUAUUCCAAUGCGCGCCAUCUGCUUUUAGAUGACUGCCUGAGCGCUGUUGACGCUCACACUACUUCACGGAUCUUCCAGAGAUGCAUUACAGGACGUUUGAUGCAGGGACGCACCUGCAUUCUGGCAACACACAAUGUUGCACUUACAACGCCUGGCGCCGAUUACAUCGUCCGCAUCGACAAUGGCACCGUGGUUGCCGCGGGUUCUCACCAGGAUUUGGUAGUUCAAGGCCAACUGCCGGAGCUUGCAAAUGGACCGAGCAAUCACGCCACUCAAGAAGAUGUGUCGGGCGACGGUGAAGCGGAUCAGAAUCCCGCGGACGAAACGGAGCGGGAAGAAGGGAAAAAGUCCGACUCACAUGUCGCCGAACCUGCUGGACCGAAUACAAAACACACCAUCAUCAAGUACCUCACUUCCAUGGGCGGAUGGAAAUACUGGAUCUCCCUAGUCGUCUUCUUCGCGGCGCAACAAGUUGGAUCCAUCGCCGUGAACUGGUGGGUUCAGCGACUCUCCAAUGCGACGGUAGAAAUGCAACACCACUCAGCGGAUGAGACAGUCGAGAAGUCGGUCUCUGCGUCUGCAUGGGGCCUAGAGCACUACUUCGCAAUCUACGCCCUUCUUCUUGCUGUCUAUUUUGUGAUAGGCUUCAUGAGAUUGUACAUCUUGUCCGUCGGCUCUUUGACGGCUUCGGAACGCAUCCACGGCAGUCUUCUCAAGUCCGUUUUAAGUGCGAAUCUCAGAUUUUUUGACGACAAAUCGUUUGGCCAGUUGAUCGGCUUGUUCUCUAGAGACAUGAGGACUGUUGAUCAGGAUCUAGCCAUGCUCGCCAUUGCCACCCUGCAUUUCGUGGGGUCACUUACAGCUACCACGAUUCUCAUCGUCGUCAUAACUCCGCAGUUCUUUUUCCCAGCGAUUAUCAUCUCUCUUGUCUACUACUUCAUUGCCAAGGUCUAUAUCUCGUCAUCGAGUGAUCUCAAAGCUCUUGAAUCGACACGUCAAUCUCCGGUUCUCCAGCAUCUUGGCGAGACGCUGUCCGGAAUUGUCACCAUCCGUGCCUACGGGGCAGAGAAGGAUUAUCUGGCUAACAGUUCAGCUCUAGUUCGGAAACUGAACCAACCUUCAUUCUUCCUUGGGGCUACGGAGAGGUGGUUGGUUCUCCGGCUCAGUCUUACAAGUGCCUUCGUUUCCCUGUUUGCUGGCUCUUUUUCCAUCCGAAGUAACGGGGAUGCCGGCACGAUUGGGCUGAGCAUGUCAUAUGCCAUUGCUUUCUCAGACCAGGUACUGUGGUUAAUCCGAUAUUACAUGGUGACUACCCAGAAUAUGACCGCUCUCCAGCGUGUUCGUGGCUGCUUGGACGAAAGUGCCGAGGCGCAAGAGGCGACAUCCCCCACGCAACCAAGCCAAGAAUGGCCUCCGUCAGGCUUGGUGGAAUACCGAGAAGUCUCUGCUCGCUACGCAGCUCACUUAGACCCUGUGCUUAGGGACCUGUCCUUCCAAGUCCAGCCCCUGGAGAGAGUGGGCAUUGUCGGCCGCACAGGGGCGGGAAAAUCCAGCCUGGCACUGACUUUGCUGCGCGGCCUAGAAAUCGACUGCGGGCAGAUUCUAAUCGACGGCUUGGACACCAAGACGGUAGAUUUGCACGCGUUGCGCAGCAGGCUCGCCUACGUGCCGCAAGACCCGACCCUCUUUGCUGGGACGCUGCGUCUCAAUCUCGACCCGUACAACGAGCACACCGACAAGGCGGUCCUCGAUGUCUUGACGCGAGUUGGCUUGCUCGAUUCACGGGAAGCAGGAAAGUUCGCGGGUCUAUCCUUCAUCCUGACCGAGAAGGGCUCCAACAUAUCCCAGGGCCAGCGGCAGCUCGUGUGCAUUGCGCGUGCUGUGUUGAAAGGCUCGAAGGUGGUCGUCCUGGAUGAAGCGACAGCCUCGAUCGACGACGAGUCGGAUCUCAAGAUCCAGGCGUGCAUCCGGAGUAUGGAAGCUACUGUCAUUACGAUUGCGCAUCGUCUCCGCACCGUUAUCGACUACGAUCGCAUCCUGGGCCUGGACGCGGGGCGCGUGGAGGAGUGUGGCCAUUCGUGGCAGUUGCUUCAGCACAAGGACGGCAUCUUCAGGGGCAUGUGUGACGCGGCAGUGGACCGCGAAGAGCUGUUUGCUCUUUCGAAAGCGGCAUGGGAUAUUAAGGAUUACCGUCGCCAAAACGCGAGGGGACUCACCGAGUCAUGGGAGUGA